AUGGUGGAUAAAUUGCACGAGUACGAGGGUUUCGCUGGGAGGGUGCACGAUGUUCGAGACAAGUUUAAAGAGAAAUGGGAGACGUGGAAGGAGUGGAAGAAUGGGAUACCGAUGGACCAGGGGAUCGAGGGGAUCUUGAAUCAUAUACGAGGGCCGCCAAAGUUGGAGAGAACUUUGGAUGAUUAUGCGCAUAUUUACAGAAAAAAGACACGAGGAGAGUUGGUACGUGUAUCCGCGGCUGUAAUGGGAAUAGAAUUUUCAUAUGCCGCGGAAACAGCGUUUGUUUCACCAACUUUAUUGAAAAUCGGCGUCGAUCAUCAGCAUAUGACCCUUGUCUGGGCACUCAGCCCUCUUAUUGGCUUUUUUGUGACGCCGAUUUUAGGAAGCUUGAGCGACAGAUGCAGAUUGAAAUAUGGAAGAAGAAGACCCUUCAUCCUAUUAUUGGCUUUAGGAGUUCUAAUAGGAUUAAUAUUAGUACCGAACGGUGAGGACAUGGGAUAUGCGUUUGGAGACAUUCCAUCUACAUCGACUAAUUAUACAGUUCCCGUGGGACAUCGAACCACGGCGAAACAUGCGAAAGAGGAGUUAGCGAAACCUCCGUCUCACUCUUGGGGAAUUUUCUUCACGAUUCUGGGGACGGUUUUGCUCGAUUUCGAUGCGGAUGCUUGUCAAAGUCCAGCCAGAGCUUAUUUACUCGACGUCACUGUACCUGAUGACCAUGCUAAAGGUUUAAGUACAUUUACCAUAAUGGCGGGUUUAGGAGGUUUCAUGGGAUAUGGAUUGGGUGGCAUUAAUUGGGACGCUACUGCAAUAGGAGUUAUGUUAGGUGGACAUCUUCACGCUACUUUUACCUUGAUAACGAUUAUUUUCCUUAUUUGUGUUUCUUGUACUAUUACCAGUUUCAAAGAAAUCCCAUUAGAAUUGUUGGAAAAGGAUCAGGAAUAUCAAUAUUUACAAGAACAAAAGACAUCUGGUGAAGAAAAAGAGGAUGAACAAAAGGAACACGAAAAAAUUACUACGGACGAGUGUGUUUCUUAUGGCACUCUAGACAAUGAUCAAGAAAUUGCUAGUAAAAAGGACGAAUUUGUUCUUAAACCCCUUCCAAUUCAAGAACCGGAGAAAAGAGCUGGUCAAGUACCAAUGAUACCAGAUGUAACCAGUCAAAAUAUUGAUUACAUGAAACAUGGUUUCAACGAAGAUAUGGGAGGAAAUCCAAAAGCCACAUUAACGGAAUAUCUUCUUUCAAUCGUGUAUAUGCCGCACAGUCUUCGUAUGGUGUGCUUAACUAAUUUAUUUUGUUGGAUGGCACACGUAUGUUAUUCCUUGUAUUUCACGGAUUUCGUUGGAGAAGCUGUUUAUGGUGGAAAUCCACAGGCUCCAGAAGGUACCAAGGAAAGAGAAUUAUAUGAAAGCGGAGUUCGUUUUGGAUGCUGGGGAAUGUCUAUGUAUUCGUUAUCUUGUUCUUGUUAUUCACUGGUCAUCGAGAAACUCAUAGAACGCUACAAAGCUCAGAGAGUUUACAUUUGCGGCUUACUAUUCUACAGCACUGGAAUGAUGAUGAUGGCAUUAACGAAACAUCCCGCAGGAGUGAUUAUAUUCUCAUGGACCGCAGGUGUUAUGUAUUCCACGUUAUUCACUAUGCCGUAUCUACUAGUUGCACAUUAUCAUGCUUCAUCCACUUUCGAAGUAACAACCGAGGGUGAAGCUAUUCAAAGCGGAGGAGUACGUGGUCUUGGCACAGACGUUGCAAUCGUUUCUUCCAUGGUGUUUUUAGCCCAGUUUCUACUCUCCUGCUGUCUCGGGACAAUUGUUAGUAAAUCUGGAACUACUACGGCGGUCGUAUACGUAGCUAGUACUCUCGCUGCUUGCGGAGCCAUUUCUGCAACGCAGAUCAUGUAUCUGGAUCUUUGAGCUUACUACUAUUUUUUCAAUGAGAUUUAAAUUAAUUUUAUCUCUUAAUUGUUAAUUUUAUAUUUAUUCUUAAAAAUAAUAAAAAACUUAUUAUUAUUUUUAAAUAUUUUUUAAAUAGACUUUAAUAUUAUUAAAAUGAAACGUUAUUCACGAAUUUCUUUCUAUAAAAAUUGACAUCCAUCAUUUUCGAUUUAUUUCAAUUGAUUAUAUAUAUAUAUAAUUAUAUAUAUUAUUAAUUAUAUAUAAUUGAUUAUAUAUUAUAUAUAUAUAUGAAAAGAAUUUCAAAUAAACAUAAAAGAUCCGUAGAAACUUUAAUGAAAAAGUUGUGUGUAAAAAUAUAAUAACGGAUGCACAAAUAAUGGCUUCGUAAUCUACAGAUACAAUUCUGUAUUGUUCAAGAAUAUUUGUAAAUAAAUGUAACUUACAAGAACAUAAUAAAAUAGUACAAUCCAUAU